AUGGCUGCGCAACAGAACGGUGGCAAUGCUGUCCCCGAUUUCACCGUCAAGGCUGGUCUGGCUCAGAUGCUGAAAGGCGGCGUGAUCAUGGACGUCGUCAAUGCCGAACAGGCCCGCAUCGCUGAAGAAGCCGGUGCCGCAGCCGUUAUGGCCCUCGAGCGAGUCCCCGCCGAUAUCAGAGUCGAAGGUGGCGUUGCUCGCAUGUCCGACCCAUCCAUGAUCAAAGACAUCAUGUCCGCAGUUACCAUCCCCGUCAUGGCCAAAGCCCGAAUUGGUCACUUUGUCGAAUGCCAGAUCCUCGAAAGCAUCGGAGUAGACUACAUUGACGAAUCCGAAGUCCUCACCCCUGCGGACGACAAAUACCACGUCAAAAAAUCCACCUUCAAAGUCCCUUUCGUCUGCGGCUGCCGGAACCUCGGCGAGGCGCUUCGCCGUAUCUCCGAGGGUGCAGCCAUGAUCCGCACAAAGGGUGAAGCAGGCACCGGCGACGUCGUCGAGGCCGUUAAGCAUAUGCGCACCGUCAAUGAUCAGAUUUCGCGCGCUCGCGGUAUACUCUUGGCCUCGUCGGACCCAGAGAUUGAGCUGAGGGCUUAUGCGCGCGAACUCGAGGUUCCGUAUGAAUUGCUGCGCGAAACAGCUGAGAAGGGUAGAUUGCCCGUCGUCAAUUUCGCGGCUGGAGGUGUCGCGACGCCUGCCGAUGCGGCGCUCAUGAUGCAAUUGGGUUGUGAUGGUGUAUUCGUCGGAUCGGGGAUUUUCAAGUCUGGUGAUGCGCGCAAGAGGGCCAAGGCGAUCGUGCAGGCUGUUACGCAUUAUAAUGAUGCUACGGUGCUGGCGCAGGUUAGUGAGGGGUUGGGUGAGGCGAUGGUCGGGAUUAAUGUGUCGCAGAUGGAUGCGAAGGAUAAGUUGGCUGGGCGGGGGUGGUAG